CUGGCGGUGGGGUCCACCUUCCGCCGCCCGCCGCAGGGACCCCUUUAAGGCCGGCUGCCUCGUCAGCGCGGCUUGCCCGACUCCAGCUGACAGCCCGGAGCGCCUCUGACGUCACGGUGACCUCAGCCAGCCGCGGCGCCGGCGUCUGCCGCGUCAUGCCCCGCCGCCUGCCCAUGUAUAGGCACCGCGCCCCGGCCUUGCGCAACCCCCCUCCCCUCUCCCCCGGCCUGGCCGCCGCUGGAGGGAGUCAGGCCCCGCGGCCCGGCCCGGCCCCGCUGCAGCAGCCCCGGGGCCUCUCCGGGGGGAGCCGGGGCUCGGCGGGCCGCGUGUCCCCGUGUGUCCCCCGCCCCCCCCGGCCCCGCGCCCCCCAGGCACAUGGCGGCGCGGCGGCCGCAUGUGACCGCUGUCACCUGACCAACAUGGCCGGGGCCCGCGCCGCCCCCGCCCGCCGCGGCUGAGCCCGCCGCCGCCGCCGCCAGCAGAAGCCAACAUGGACAGCUUCCUCCAGAGCGUGGAGAAGGACCUGAACAUCGACCGGCGGCAGCUGGCCGCCGCUGCCGAGAGGACCCACGUUACCGCCUUCGUGCCGGUGAAAUGGCUGGCGAGCCUCAGGGAGCGCCGUGUGCUGCCCGGCCUGUGCCCGCGCCCGGAGGGGCUGAGCGACAUGGAGGUGAGGACAUUCCUGCAGCACUCUGUGCAGAAGCUGCCGGUGGGCUGGACCCGGGUAGAAAUCCAUGGGCUGCGGAAGGACCGGCUGGCAUACCCUCUACGGGUGCAGCCCCCCGGCUCCGAGCAGCGCAACGGCACCCCAGAGACCCUGCACGGCUUCAUGCAGAGCAUCGCCUCUCAGAACUACCGAAACCUGUGGUGCCGGGCUCACUGCCUCUACGUGCGGCCCUACCGGCACGCUGACACGCCGCCCACCGCGCCAGCCCUGGACGUGCUGCGGACCGCCCUGCAGAAGGUUUAUGGCUGCCCUGUCCUUCAGGUGGGCAAGAGCGCGCCUGGUGCUUCCCCGGCCAAGGAGAGCAUGGCGGCCACCAAGGGGGUGCCCUCCUGCCCCAACGUGCUGCAGGCUGAAGCUCUGCUUGAGUCGGCUGACAUGCUGUACGUCAUCUACCCUUAUGUGCAGUACUGUUUGCAUGACAUCGUGACUUUCAGCCCGGCCAAGCUCACCAACAGCCAUGCCAAAAUCCUCUUCCUCCUUUUCCACGUGCUGCAGGCCAUGAAGGCUUGUCACCAGGCGGGUCUGGCUUGCGGCCCCUUUUCCCUGCGGGAUGUGGCUGUGGAUGAGAAGCUGUGCAGCCGGCUCCGUGUGAACUUCAGAGAGUACGAGGGACCGAAGGAGGAGGAAGUGAAUCUGGAGGCUGGUCUGGAACAAACAAGUGAGCAAAGCGGCGCUGGCGUGCGAGGCCAGGAGGCGAGGUGCACCGCCUGCCAGAAGGACCUCCGAGACCUGGUGUUACAGUGGGUACAUGGGAAGGUCAGCAACUUUGACUACCUUAUGCGUCUAAACAGUUUGGCUGGGAGGAGGAUGGGAGACCCCAAUUACCACCCGGUUCUUCCCUGGGUGGUGGACUUCACUACCAAAAAUGGCAAGUUCAGGGACCUGAGGAAAUCCAAGUUCCGUCUCAACAAGGGAGACAAGCAGCUGGACUUCACCUAUGAGAUGACCAAACAGGCGUUUGUUGCUGGUGGGUCAAGCGGGGAGCAGCUCCAUGUCCCCCAUCACAUCUCUGAUGUCCUUUCGGAUAUCACCUACUACGUGUACACGGCUCGGAGGACACCCAAGGCAGUGCUGUGCUGCCACGUGAGGUCCCAGUGGGAGCCCAACGAGUACCCAGCCAGCAUGGAGCGCAUGCAGAGCUGGACCCCAGAUGAGUGCAUCCCAGAAUUUUACACAGACCCCUCCAUCUUCCAAUCCAUCCAUCCAGACAUGCCCGACCUGGACGUGCCGUCUUGGUGUAGCUCCUAUGAGGAGUUCAUUGAAGUCCACCGCAUGCUGCUUGAGAGCCAGGAGGUGUCUCAGGACCUCCACCACUGGAUUGAUCUCACUUUUGGGUACAAGCUGCUGGGGAAGGAUGCUGUCAAGGAGAAGAACGUCUGCCUCCAUCUAGUAGACAACCACACGCAUCUGACGACGUACGGGGUUGUGCAGCUUUUUGACCAGCCGCACCCCAGGCGCAUGGUGGGACCUGCCUACACACCUGCUGAAGCUCCAGCUAUUGCCCGGCCUCUUCUCCAGAACAUCCGGGAGACCGUGUUUUUGGAGGAUAUCCAAGGACAGGUGAUGGAUGCAGUUAAUGGGCUGGUCCUGGAGGCUACUCCCAGUGAAACCACCUGGUCUGGGGAGAAAUGUGCUCCUGGUGAGGAUGAUUUGGAGCAAGGUACAGAAGCCCUGGAUUCGAUUUCUGCUACUAGUAGAGCUGCUGAUCAGCCCUGUGCCACUGUGCCUUCAGCACAACCCUCCACCCUCCCUGCUUAUGGCACCGAGGGCAAGACCUCAGGUGUCCGACCUCUCCGUCGGAGCAAGGCAGGCGCUCUGGAUCAGGCUGACAUGAAGAUCACACUUCCCGAAGGCUUCAAUCCACUCCAGGCCCUGGAAGAGCUGGAGAAACUGGACAAUUUCUUGGUUAAAGGCUUAAGCAGUGAGAUGCAGCUGAUGGAGCAGCCGUGGGAAGAGCCACCCCUGGGUAUCUCAGACCUCUUCCAGAGGGACAUGCAAGCUUUGGGCAUUCUGGUAGCUGAGAUUAUAUUUGCACCAAGAAUUCGUCCUUCAAAGCCUGACGCAUCCCUGCUGGAGCGGUUCCUGAUGGUGCGUAAUCUGUGUCGCUACCACCCCAAGGAGAUACCAGCCCCGCUCCAGCACGUGCUGCAUGUCCUGUUGCAGCUGAGCGUGCCGGUGGAGAACCUUCUGAAGACCAGGCUGGGCAAGGGCGCGGUGCAGUUGUUUGAAUACAAACCCAUCUCCCAGGGCCUCCCCCCACCCUGUCCCACACAGCUCCUCAGCCCCUUCAGCUCCAUUGUCCCCUUCCCCACAUAUUUCCCGGCCCUGCACAAAUUCAUUUUCACCUAUCAGGCAAAGAAGAUAGACGAUGAAGGUCAGGGCCGGGAACUUGUUUUCCAGCUGUGGCAGCAGCUGGAGGGGAUCCUUUCUGAAAUCACUCCUGAAGGCUUGGAGAUUCUUCUGCCUUUCAUAUUAUCUCUCAUGUCUGAGGAGAAUACUGCCGUCUACGCAGCAUGGUAUCUCUUUGAACCUAUAGCUAAAUCCCUAGGUCCGAAGAAUGCCAAUAAAUACUUGCUCAAGCCAUUGAUCGGGGCGUACGAGACCCCCUGCUACCGCCACGGCAGGUUCUACCUCUACACAGACUGCUUCGUCGCCCAGUUGAUAGUGCGCCUGGGGCUGCAGUCCUUCCUCCUGAACCUGCUGCCGCACAUCCUGCAGAUCCUCGUUGGCAUCGAGAGCUCACGGGAGGAGAGCAAGUCCCUCCUUGGCACAGCUGAAGAUGAUGAAAGUGGAGGAGAAAGCCCAGUGUCGUGUGUGUUUGGGGAGGAGAUCAAAAUGGACGUGGAGCACAGCUCCGCUGCACUCGACCUCCUCGACUACACCUCUGGUGUCAGCUUCCACGACCAAGCCUACCUGCCCGAGAGUGAGGACUUCCAGAGCGGCCUCUAUGUCGGGGAGUCCCUGCAGCCUCAGGAGCAGGAAUCACUCAGCCUCGGGCGGCUGAGCGACAAGAGCAGCGCCAGCGAGGUGUCCCUGGGAGAGGACAGACCUGUGGAUGGCGAUUCCCAGAAGGACAAGAGCAGCUUGAAGUCGAUGGACAGCAGCCAGGACCUGAAACAGAGCGAGGACGAGGAGGAGGAGGAAGAGGAACGUGAUGAAGAGGAGCAAGAUGAUGCUGCAGUUGAUGCAGAGCUGACAGUGGCUGUGGAGGCUGGUGCCUCUGUGGAUGUCACACUGGCUGAUGACAGCAGCGAGCCAGAGGAUGGGGAGGGAGAGGAGCUGCCGGAUCACUCUGAUGACAAAGAGCAGACGAUACUCCUGGACACAGCCUGUAAGAUGGUGAGGUGGCUCUCAGCCAAGCUGGGCCCUACUGUCACGUCCCGUUUCAUCGCCAGGAACCUGCUCCGUCUGCUCACGUCCUGCUACAUUGGGCCUACCAGGCAGCAGUUUGUCCCAAGCAAUGAUGAGAACAGUCCCCUGAGUACAGGAAAUAUCUACCAAAAACGGCCGGUGCUGGGAGAUCAGGUGUCCAAGCCGGUGCUGGCCUGUCUCGUGCAUGUAGCGUACCUGUACGGAGAGCCCGUCCUCACCUACCAGUACCUGCCCUACAUCAGCUACCUGGUUGCGCCCAGUGGUGGGUCUGGUGGUGGCCGGCUGAACAGUCGGAAGGAGGCAGGGCUCCUGGCUGCUGUGACACUGACUCAGAAGAUCGUAGUGUGUCUCUCGGACACCACGCUGAUGGACAUUCUCCCCAAGAUCAGCCAGGAGGUGCUGCUCCCGGUGCUGGGCUUCCUCACUUCGCUGGCCGUUGGUUUCCCCAGUGGUGCCCAGGCCCGUAUUGUCCUGUGUGUUAAGACUAUCAGCCUAAUUGCCUUGAUCUGCCUGCGGAUUGGGCAGGAGAUGGUGCAACAGCAUUUGAGUGACACAGUGAGAAACUUCUUUGGGGCGUUCUCACUGCUGCAGGAGCUGCAAGACCAGGGGUUGACAGCGGAGUCACUGAGCAGCUGUGAGGUGCCAGUGAUGGAGGUGCCCCUUUCGGAUGGGAAGCGGUUGGCCCUGGAUCCGGCUGUGCUGAUGGAGUUACAGAAGGUGUUUAACCCUGAGAUGGCCUACAUCACCUACAUCCCCUUCUCUUGCUUGCUAGGUGAUGUUAUCCGGACAGUUGUGCCCAACCACUUGCUGGUUGAGAAGCUGGCCAGCCUCUACCUGGAGAAUGUGAACCCCAAGAGCCUGCAGGUCGUUAGCCUGGAGCAAACACCGAGUGCGGUGGGCUCAGAGCAAGAGACGCGAAGGACCGAGCCCUUCUCCAGCCACCACGAGGACAGUCACUCUGGUACUUUUGGGAGCGUGCUGGUAGGGAACCGCAUCCAGGUCCCUGUGGACACACAGCGCGAGGGUCUUGGCUUACUUUGCCUCAGUGCUGGCACUGAUGGCUUUAUUCCCAGCUCAUCCAGCGAGGAGAACGCCCUGAAGCAUGACCUUCCUCGCAGCACCCACAUGCUGUGUGGGAACUGGCUGGCCUACUGGCAGUAUGAGAUUGGGGUGAGCCAACACGACCCUCGCUUCCACUUCCACCAGAUCAAGCUGCAGAGUUUCUCAGGGCAUUCAGGGGCCAUCAAGUGUGUGGCACCGCUCAGCAGUGAGGACUUCUUUCUUAGUGGCAGCAAGGACAAAACUGUCCGCCUUUGGCCCUUGUACAACUACGGGGAUGGCACCAGUGAGGUUCCACCACGGUUCACGUAUGCUGAGCACAAAAAGUCAGUUUUCUAUGUGAGCCAGCUGGAGGCAUCGCAGCACGUGGUGAGCUGUGAUGGGACCGUACACAUCUGGGACCAGUUCACAGGCAAACUUCUCCGGACUUUUGAUGAAUUAGACAGCAAAGUCCCCAUCACAGCUGUGACCACCAUGCCACCUCCCUAUCACAGCAUCUCUGUGGCCAGCGCAGAUUCUGUGCUGCGGUUCAUCGAUCACAGGAAGCCAGGGCUACAGCACGAGUUUCGCCUGGCCAGUGGGGUGAGCGCUGGGCUCAUCCGCUGCUUGGCCGUCAGUCCUAACGGGCGCAGCGUUAUGGCUGGCUUUUCCUCUGGUUUCAUUGUGCUGCUGGACACCAGGACAGGACUCAUCAUGCGGGGGUGGCCUGCCCACGAGGGAGACAUCCUGCAGAUCAAGGCUGCGGAGGGCAAUGUGCUCAUCAGCUCCUCUUCGGAUCAUUCCCUGACUGUCUGGAAGGAACUGGAGCAGAAACCUUUGCACCACUACAAAUCUGCAUCUGAACCCAUCCACACAUUUGACCUCUAUGGCAACGAAGUGGUCACUGGCACUGUGGCCAACAAGAUUGGUGUCUACUCCAUGCUGGAGUCCUCAGCGCUGCCCAUCAGCACGACCAAGCUGAGCUCAGAGAAUUUUCGGGGUACACUGACCAGCCUGGCGGUGCUGCCCACAAAAUGCCAUCUCCUGCUGGGCUCGGACAAUGGCAUCAUACGCCUCCUGGCAUAGUGACCUCUGGCCUAGGAGCUUGUGGCUGUCCCACAGCGCUGAUGGCAGAGCUGAAAGCCAGCAGCGUUGCUUACGGAGGAGGCAUAGUUAGAUGUUUCUGAACAGAGGAUGCGGGGGGGGAGGUGUACUUGGUAGUGAGCACUCAGUAAAGCAUCUCUAACCUCUUACUGCAUCUUUAAAAAGAAAAAAGCCAUAACUGAGAAACCUCCACUGCUGCUGGGAGAGAUACUGGGCGUUGUAGGUCACUGUCACCCCUGCAGAGAGGCCUGGAGCUUUCCAUACCAUGUGUGCCUGAUCCCCAGGGGACUGUGAGCUGCCCUCCAGAGUAAUAUGGACCAGAGGUAUUCUCCCCCCUUCAGUUAAGGGGUAGGAGGUGCCCCUUGACAAGAACACAACAGUAUAGCUACUGCCAUCUGCACUUACCCUUCACUCCCACUCUUGAACCACUGAAUAGUCUUACUAGGAUAGCAUAGGCUGGGCCUGGGAACUGCUGCCUCUGGAGCUGCAUGGUGCCAGGCAUCUCCUCCUCCUGUGGUCUGUAUUCAAAGCCCAGAGGAUGUACUCUAUUAACUUUAUGUUCUGCUGGCUGAGUUAGAGCCUGUAUGGGGGGAGGAGAGGUUAACUAGAGCACUUCUACUGCCUUACUGGCUCCAGGGCAAAGACUGGAAUAGAAGUCAGCCAAGGCACAAACCCCAUCUGCUUCGCCUGUUCCUUUAGGAAUGGGCUGCUGCAGAGGGACAGUUUGGGAUGGGAAUGUGACCCUCUAGGGAGCAGUAGGGUAGGGAUAGACUGUUGUUGGUUCCUGCAUGCUGUGAUUCCGUAAGGGGUGAGGAAUGCCUUGUGUACUGCGCGCUGGCAGUGUCUCCCAAGAAGUCCUCCUUCUAAUCCUGUCCUUGGUGCUGGUCAGACUCAUGGGGAAGACAGGACAGCAAAAAGGUGCUCAGUUUUGUCCCCUCCUGCCCUUGUAGGGUGAGAGCCAGCAGGCAUGAUCCAGCACGGUCUUCUGACCUUCCCUUUGGGACAGCACCAUCUGUUCCCACCCCAAAGGCAAGGAGAGCGUUCUUUGGCCCGGCAGUAGGAGCAGUUGCCUCACUUCUGUUGCAGCCCUUUCCCCAUCCAUCCUUCAGCCUAGUCAGAGCCAGUAUCGGGGAGCGGGAAGCUCUUAUCUUGGGCAGAGGAGGAGCCUGCUGUGGGUUGUCCUGGGAGGGGAAAGGUCUUUCAUCCAGCUGCUGGGCCAUCGAAGCCACCUGCAGUUGGGAAGGCUGCCCUUGGCUUCUAGGGAGGGUGGGGAGGCGAGCAGUUGGUCCUUGCUAUCCUUCCCUACCCAAGGGGAGCUCUCAGUCCUGUGUUGCCUAUUAACCAUUUGCAAUAGAUGUAAAUAUUUACUUCUAAUAAACUCUUUGAAAGAUGCA